AUGGAAUACGAUUACAUCGGAGCUAUCAAAAUAAAAGAUGGGUUGUUUUUAGGAGAUCAGUUUGCUUCUUAGGUAGAUAGUUGAAUUAAGAUUUUAGGACUUAGAAUUUAUUGUAACUAAUAAGGUUUCCAGAAUUGUUAAUUGUGCUUGUAAGCAAAUACCAAAUCAUUGGGAAUCAAUAGGAAUAAUAUAUAUGUCUUUACCAUGGAUUGAUAAUGAUACUCAAGUAAAAUUGUAUAUAAUGAGGUUAUAUUCUAACAAGAGGAUAUGAUUAAUUAAGUAAUUAAAUUUAUUGAUGAUGCAUUGAAUAAUGGAGAAAGUGUUAUUGUACAUUCAAUAAGAGGACACAAUAGAUCAAUUGCAGUUCUAUGUGUUUAUUUUAUGAAAAAAUAUAGAUGGACAUUAUAUAAAACUUUAUAAUUUAUGCAUAGUAGAAGACCUGAUUUGGAAAUAAGAGCUAAUUUUUUUAAUUAACUUUUGGCAAUAGAAACAAAAUUCUAAAAGAAUGGAUUAGGUGCAAAAACUUAUAAUUGGGAAGAAGUAUAUUCACAAGGAGAUCCUGAAGAAAUGGUAUUAAGAAAUACAUAUUUAAAUGCUUAACCUUAAGGAGUAGCUGAAUUUAAAGAUCAUGAUUAAAAACCAAAAACUUAAAAGUAAAAUAUGUGAUUAAUUCAUAUAAGGUUACGUUUUGCUGAAAAAAUAACCAUGUAUAUACCACCCUAUGAAAAAAUAGUAUUCAACAAGAAGAAAUAACCAUCAGCUAUACAAACCAAAUCUUGUCUAACAGGAAAAACACUUUAAUAUGAAUAAUAAAUCUAAUAAUCUCCUCGUCCCUAAACUAAUUUAAUGUCUUAGACAUAACCUUUAUAACCAAUCUAACCUAUUCAAUAAAGACCUUCAUCUUAAGAUGUAAAGAGAGUUGUUGUAAAGAGUGAUAGUUCAAAAUUAUAAUAGCUACCUGAAGCCACUUGUAAGUAUUAAAUUAAUUAAAGAAUCAUUAAAACCUAAGAAAUAAGCCAAUAAUUUUAUGGAUUCAGGAGACUAAUUUUUUUUGAAAUCCUAGUAAAAAAUUAAUUAGGAUUUACCUUAAGGAAAUGUUUAAAAUGAGAGAAGACCUUAAACAGCACCUAAUUAAUUAAGAGCACCUAGACUUUAAGUCACACCAUAUAAAAAAAAUAGUAGUGGAGGUUAAAGAUAAGAAUUAAGCAUUUAAGGGAAUACAUAAUUUAAACCUAUAGGUAAUAGGUAAAGAGCUCAUUCACCAAAUGCAGUAUAUAAUGCAAAUCCUUAUGUUUAAAAAUAAUUUAAAACUAAACCUUAGAAAAAAUGA